AUGUCGACCGAAAUAAGAACGUUAGUGAACGAACUGCGCAUUGUGAAGGCGUCGCUCACGCGCUUAAAAAACUUCUUUGCCGAGUCAGGUACCAAGGCGUCGGUAGGGGCUCUAAAAAAACGGUUAGAGGCGAAUGCGGGGCUUUACGAGAAUUUCAAUAAUAUUCAGACUAAAAUCGAGCUUAUCGUGAUGGGUACUGAUCAAGAAGCCGCGCAUGAAACGGUACGGGAGCAAUUCGAGUCGGUCUAUUUUAAUCUAAUGGCGGACAUAGAGGAGCAUCUCGCCGCCUCGCAACCGCCUCAACACCGGGAAGCAUCGGCGAGCCCCCAAACAACACAGGGGUCUUCGCAACCGGCCAUAAAACUGCCGGUUAUUCAGUUACCGUCGUUUGACGGCAACUACAAUGGGUGGUUAAAAUUCCGGGAUACGUUUUUGUCAUUGAUACAUAACAACGAGUCAUUAUCCGACAUCCAAAAGUUCCACUAUUUGGAUUCCUCGUUAGAGGGCUGUGCGGCACGUAUCAUCCAAUCGUUAGGCAUCUCAGACGCCAAUUAUAAAAUAGCGUGGGAAACGUUGAACGCACGGUUUCAAGAUUCAACGGCACUAUUGCGUCAUCACGUGCACGCACUUUUAGACAUCACUCCUGUAAGGAAGCACGCUGCAAGCGGGUUAAGGGAAUUCUUGGAUGACGCGAAAAAUCAUUUAUUCGCGCUAAAAUCACUCGGUGAGCCAGUUGAUAAGUGGAACACACUGAUUGUUCCGAUGCUAGCCAGGAAGUUAGACAUAGUCUCGGUUAGGGAAUGGGAGAAAAGAAUUACGACACCGGAGUCGAUCAAUUUUAGACAUUUCGCGGAGUUCUUAGAGGAAAGGGCGCGAUACCUCGACAAUGUCAGUAUUGCUGCACCGGCAGCAGCAGAAAGGGUCGAACGGCGGCCGCCCGGAGCAGGUAGCCGGUGGCCAAAUAAGGUAACGGCGCACGUUGCCAAUACGUACGCGCGCUGCCCGGCAUGCACAGGUAACCAUGCGCUACAUAAGUGUUCCAAAUUUCGGGAAUUAACCCUGGCAGAGAAACGGGAAUUAGUUCGGACCGCGCGACGAUGUUACAAUUGUUUAGAAGCAACCCAUCAGGUACAGGACUGCACGCGGCAAAACUGUAACCGGUGUGAUAAAAGGCACCACACGCUAUUGCAUCGCGAAGACCCAAACCCGGUUCACACUGCAAACAUCGGGAUCACAGAAUCACCUAGUCGGCCAUCAACCACUUGCGUUUCAAAUAUCGCGAGCGAUCAGAGAGACUACACCCUAUUAACAACAGCGGUCGUAUACGUAAGGGAUAGUCGCGGGCAGAAACAUGAAUGUCGGGCGUUAUUAGAUUCCGGGUCGCAGGCAAACUUCGUUACUCGCGACUUUUGCAAAAAAUUAGGUGUAAUUCCGACUCCAGUCCAAGCGACGGUCGCAGGGCUGGGCCAAAUUCCAAAUUCGGUUAAGGGAAGGGUCGCGGUCAAAAUCUUCUCCCGAUGCAAUAGUUUCCGUACGGAGUUAUCGUGCCUGGCUAUAGAGACCAUAACAGAAGACAUGCCUAACGUUCCCAUCAAUAGGAAAAAUAUUCAAAUACCGUCAAACAUAGCUAUGGCGGACCCGUAUUUUGAUACUUCCAAAAGGGUUGACCUGCUAAUCGGGGCAGGUUUGUUUUGGAGGCUAUUGUGUAUCGGUCAACACAAAACCUCCGCUCAGCUAGUAUGGCAGAAAACCCAGCUCGGGUGGGUACUCGGGGGAAACCUGACCUGGCCGACGGUGAGUGAGUCAGGCGUAGUUCGAUGCAAUCUCGUCACGAAUAACGAGCUCGCGAGUAAGAUAGAAGAAUUUUGGAAGGUCGAAAGCCUUGAAACGCGGAAACCGGACAUAGACAAUUGCGAAAGUCACUUUGCGGCUACCACACGUAGAGAUAAACACGGACGGUACAUUGUACGGAUACCAUUCAAGGACACGGUUAGCAGAUUAGGGAAUUCCCGGGAACAAGCCGAACGGCGGCUAUAUUCGUUAGAAAAAAGGUUAAGCAAACAGCCGAGUUUACGUGCAGAAUACGUUCAGUUCAUGGAAGAGUAUGAAAAAUUCGGACACAUGUCGCGCGUGCCUAUAUCCGAAAUUUGCGGCGAAAUGUCAUAUUACCUGCCGCACCACGCGGUCAUAAAGGAGACAAGCACAACCACCAAGGUUAGGGUCGUGUUCGAUGGGUCGGCGAAAACUUCCUCGGGCCUUUCAUUAAAUGAUACGCAGUACGUAGGACCCACCGUCCAAAAUGAAUUAUUUUCGAUUUUAGUGAGGUUCCGACAACACCGGUACAUUCUUUCCGCGGAUAUUGAGAAAAUGUACCGUCAAAUUUUGAUUGAUUCAAAGGAUAGGCGGUUGCAAAAGAUUCUAUGGCGUUCCAGUCCAACCUCUCCAGUAACAACUUUCGAGUUAAACACUGUCACUUACGGGACAGCAUCUGCACCAUUUCUGGCAACGCGAGUCUUACGGCAAGUUGGACUUGACUGCGCCCAAACAUAUCCAAUUAUCAGUAAAAUACUUAUUAAUGAUUUUUAUGUGGACGAUUUGUUGACUGGAACGCAAACAAUCACCGAGGCGAUAAGGGUUAGAAAAGAACUUUCCGCGAUUUUAGCUCAGGCGGGUUUUCAAUUGCGGAAAUGGGCAACAAACUGCCCGUCCAUUUUACGGUCAGAAGCAGAUACACCGACCGAUAAGGAGUUUCAUACGGACAAGGAUCCAAAGACACUCGGUCUGUUAUGGUCUCCUGCAGACGAUAGGCUUAGAUUCUCUGUUACGGAACGUAUGCAUAAACGGGUUACAAAAAGGACGAUCUUGUCAGAAAUUGCUCAAAUCUUUGAUCCGUUGGGUUUAAUCGGGCCAGUAAUCGUACGGGCAAAAAUUAUAAUGCAAAAAUUAUGGCAAGGGCAAACGGGAUGGGACGAAGCAGUCUCCCAAGAAUUGCAUACGCAAUGGGCAGAAUACCGCAAUGAAUUAAGACAGGUAACUACCCUACAAAUUCCGCGAUGCGUAGUAGGAAAACGGUCUGUUCGCGUCGAACUACACGGGUUUGCGGACGCCUCGGAAAAGGCUUACGGUGCCUGCGUUUACCUGCGGUCCCAGGGUACGUCAGAUAGAUGGGAAUCAAGGUUAGUGUGCGCAAAGUCCAGGGUCGCGCCUUUAAAAUCCAUAUCUUUGCCGCGACUAGAGCUUUGCGGGACACUGUUGUUAUCGCAAUUAAUGAACAAGGUCAGGUUGUCACUCACGUUACGGAUUAACGAAGUGGUUUAUUGGUCAGACUCUACGAUCGCCUUGGCUUGGAUACAAGGUCCAUCAAGUCGAUGGAAAACGUUCGUAGCCAAUAGGGUUACAGAAAUUAAUGAUUUAACAAGCGGACAUCAAUGGCACCACGUUAGAUCGCAGGACAACCCUGCAGAUCUGAUUUCUCGCGGAACGACUCCCACAUUAUUGGCAGCCACUGAUCUUUGGUGGUCAGGUCCAUCUUGGUUGACAAUGAAUCAGAAACAUUGGCCCCAGUCGGUGAUCGAAAAAAUUGUCAAUGUUUCGGCCGCGAAGCUGCUAUGCCCUCGUGCUCUGUAG